CCACGAAAACCGAAGACGAGACAUAGCUAAAGACACGACAUUUAGAAAUUGUCAGUUGGAAUCAAGUUCAGCGGCUUUCAGCAACUCCACAUCGUUAAUUGGGAAAAAAGCUUGGUGCGCUAGCUUCGGUUUAUUACUGGUCCUAAAUUAAUAGCAAAUAAAAUUAACAAAAAUGUUUGUAUCAACAGUGUCACGUAUUGCCCCCGUAGCUAGGAAUGCUUUGCUGAACGGUACUAAGCAAUACUUGCGACCAUUGAGCAGCGCAGUUAUCAGCCAAAGCCAGACUUUGGCCGCGCAGAACACAACCCCAGUUGCAUUACUGCCACAAAUAAGGUCAUUCCAGACCUCUCAAGUCACACGUGACAUUGAUUCAGCUGCCAAAUUCAUUGGUGCUGGUGCUGCAACAGUCGGUGUAGCUGGUUCCGGUGCCGGUAUCGGAACAGUAUUUGGUUCCCUUAUCAUUGGUUACGCUAGAAAUCCAUCGUUGAAACAGCAAUUGUUCUCCUAUGCUAUUUUGGGUUUCGCCCUUUCUGAAGCUAUGGGUCUGUUCUGUCUUAUGAUGGCCUUCUUGCUGCUCUUCGCUUUCUAAGGUGUUUAUAUGUCGUAGGGCAAACCUUAAAUCUUAAAAUACAACUAUAAUUAACAUCAAUUAUAACAACAACAACAACAACGUCAGCAACAACAACAA